AUGGACCAAAUAGAAACGGAUGAUGAUAAUAUUUUAGCUAAAGAGUCAUCAUCUUUAUCUGAAGAACCACCAAAUAAAAAACACAAAUUGCGUGAAUACCUUAGAAUAAGUUUAGAUAAAAAUAUAGAUAUUGGAGUUUUAAAAUCGAUGUGUUUGUCUUUUAAAAUAUCAAAACAGCCAAAUUCUCCUUUCACUUCAUUUUGA